CUGGUUCAGUCCUGGUUUAGUCCUGGUUUAGUCCUGGUUCAGUCCUGGUUCAUCCGGUCAUGGCUGUGGGAGGUCUGGUCCUGGCCUGGUCCCUCUACAUUUUGGGGAUCCUGGCGGAAAACAACAGCUCAGAGCUGCUGAGGCUGGUGGGAGGAGCCAGUCGCUGUACUGGGACUGUGGAGGUGAAACACAGAGGAGAGUGGAGACGGAUGAACUGUGCAUAUUGGGACCUGGGGGCUACAGCUGUUCUGUGCAGAGAUCUGGACUGUGGCUCUCCUGUUUAUGGAGGAGAACGAAGAUUAUUUUCCAGAGAGUCAUGUGUGGGAGAUUUCACCUUACUGUGUGAUGAAGACGUCUACCGUGAGAGAGUGUGUCCUGAAUGGAAGCUCAUCCUCUUCUUCCUCUGGUGUGGAGGUGAUGUGUUCAGACUCGGUGCGGCUGGUCUCGGGGUCCAGCCUGUGUUCAGGAUUAGUGCAGAUCUGGAACCAGUCCUGGACCUGGGUCUGUGAAGGGGACUUGGACCAGCGGGGGGCAGAGGUGCUGUGCAGGGAGCUGGACUGUGGGGCUCCUUCUCUCCUCCAGGGGGCGCUCUCUCCUCUGGAGCAGACGUUCCACUGUGAGGGACAUGAGUCUGCUCUGAUGGACUGUCCCCGCUCCGGCUCAAGGACCUGCUCCUCUGGAGCCGCUGUCAACCUCACCUGCUCAGAGCCGCUGAGGCUGGUGGGAGGAGCCAGUCGCUGUACUGGGACUGUGGAGGUGAAACACAGAGGAGAGUGGAGACGGAUGGAGGGUAUGGACUGGGACCUGGGGGCUACAGCUGUUCUGUGCAGAGAUCUGGACUGUGGCUCUGCUGUUUAUGGAAAAGAGAGAUAUGAUUUUAGAUUGGAGCCUGUGUGGAGCAUCAUAUCUCACUGUGUGAAGGCGAUGUCUUCUGUGAGAGAGUGUAUCCAGAAACCCCAAAUCGACUCUUAUCCCUACAGUGUGGAGGUGAUGUGUUCAGACUCGGUGCGGCUGGUCUCGGGGUCCAGCCUGUGUUCAGGAUUAGUGCAGAUCUGGAACCAGUCCUGGACCUGGGUCUGUGAAGGGGACUUGGACCAGCGGGGGGAAGAGGUGCUGUGCAGGGAGCUGGACUGUGGGGCUCCUUCUCUCCUCCAGGGGGCGCUCUCUCCUCUGGAGCAGACGUUCCACUGUGAGGGCAACGAGUCUGCUCUGAUGGACUGUCCCCGCUCCGGCUCAAGGACCUGCUCCUCUGGAGCCGCUGUCAACCUCACCUGCUCAGAGCCGCUGAGGCUGGUGGGAGGAGCCAGUCGCUGUACUGGGACUGUGGAGGUGAAACACAGAGGAGAGUGGAGACGGUUGGGCGGUGAGGACUGGGACCUGGGGGCUACAGCUGUUCUGUGCAGAGAUCUGGACUGUGGCUCUGCUGUUUAUGGAGAAGGCAGAGAUGAUUUUAGUUUCGGGUAUUUGUGGAGCACCUCGCCUCCCUGUGUGAAGUGGAUGUCUUCUGUGAGAGAGUGUGUCAAGAGUGCAGACCUGUCCCGUUCUUUCUACGGUGUGGAGGUGAUGUGUUCAGAUUUCCUGAAGAGUCCGUUCAUCUCCGUGUCUGUGUCUGACGGGGCGUCCGAGGCCCGACCGCAGGGGCUCCGGGUGCAGCUGGGGUCAAAGUUCACGGUCGCGUGUUCUGUGGAGCCUCAGUACCCGGGAGGCUCCUUCCGGCUCCUCUCUCCUACUGAGGACCCGGCUCAGAACCACACCCUGCCCGCCGUCAAUCACUCCGCGCACUUCCUGUUCUCGGACACUGGCCACGCCCACAAAGGAAACUACACCUGUGUUUACCUCCUGCACAUGUUCAACCACAGCUUCACCUUCCAGAGCCACACACUCCAGCUCUCUGUGGGAGUUUCAGACUUAGACCUGAUCAUCAGAGUCCUGAUCAUUCUACUGUUGAAGCUCAUGUACAUCCUCCCACUCUACUACUACUACUGCAAGCUGUGGCCUGCACGAUCACAAGAACCUAUUGUCCAGAACAGAGUCCGACAACACGCCACACAGAAGAGGCACACAGGAGGCACAGGAGGCACAGACAUGUGCUCUGGGGUCAGACAUGUGAGCUCCAUUGUUUUGGUCUUAACCAAACCGACGCUCAGUCUCAGGAAGGAUGUGGACGCGGUGAACGCUGAAGUUUGGAGCGGUUUCUGGGGGAUGUCAGGAGGAUCCAACACUCGCUCUUUCGGGCUCUUGACGACUUCCCUUCGGAGACCCGAGCGGGAUUUCAACGUCUGA